AUGGAGUCGGUGGCAGCCGAAUGCACCGCGCUGAAGCGAGAAUACGACGCUUGCUUCCAAACUUGGUACAACACCGUGUUCCUGCAAGGUCGUGUCCAAGGCGCUGCGGAUGGCACUGCCAAUCGCCCCUGCCCCGAACUCUACCAGCGCUACCACGAUUGUCUACAGCUUGCCUGGCGCUGCCUAUUGCUGUGCCUCGUGCUGAGCGCGGCCAGCAGUUCACUGUUUCAUUCAGCACCCCAAACCCCUCUCUUUUCAGCGUGGCCUAACCACAAUGUGGCCAAUCUACACUUCUGGGUUGAUCUCUGCUCCAGCAGUCUCGAUGGCGUGCGCGCCCACCCACUCUUUCCCAAUCGCCCACACGGUGUACACACCGUACGCAAGUUGGACUUGCACUACGCCACUUCUAACUUUGCUCAGCGCAUCUUUGGCUUUCUCAACUUUUCGCUCCCCGGUACCUAUCAGCUAUCACUCAGCUGUCGCGGCUGCUGUCAACUUCGUCUCGCGACCAAUGCGCGCCCGGCUGAGAGCCGCUCCGCUGUUCACAUCUGCAACAGCAACCGGGACCGGUUUGAUGUGGAUCGCCAAAUCACCACCCUGAAUGUCAGCUCCACCGUCCAAGGCAAUCUCGUGUACUUUGACCUGCUCCAUCAACAGGGCAGCCAAGGUUCCGAUCACCUUCAGCUGGCCUGGCGGGCCAAGUCUUCAGCCACCAGCGUCUUUGCCAUUGUCGAUCACGAGAUGUUGCGGCCUCUGGCUGAUCCCUUUCAGCGUUCCGUCCUGCUUGACCCCGACGAUGCGCCGUGGCGCACGGCCUGGCAAGAAGAUGCAGAUGUCAUUGAUUUUUCCGCCAAUGCCGUAGCCACCGCGCUCAAUCAGUUGAAUGCGUCAGCCGUAACCAUUCCCCAAGAAGACUGUUCACGGCCGUGGUUACCAAGUGAUGCAAGCCCGCGCAAGAUGGGGCGCUAUCAGGCGGCCUACACGGGCAUGUGCCGGUGGUUCAUGGUACACAUGAUCAUUCCGGUGCAGAAUCAGGGUGGCUGGGUGCUGUACCUGCUGGCCAACCUCGAGGCCAUCAUGAAGGCCACGCACGGUCGAGAGCGGUUCAACCUGGUGCUCGUUGACUAUUACAGCGAUGACUUGGACGUUGAGCAAGCGUUGGCCCAGAGCACCUUGCCGCACUGGCAAAUUGUCCGAGUGGCAGGUCAAUUCUCUCGAGCCGAGGGGGUGCAACGCGGCCUGGAUGCUGUCGCAGCCAAGAUACAAGCCAACCCACGCGACGAGAUUGUCAUCUCUAGCGACUUGCACGUGCGCUUUCCUAUCGAUUUUUUCAUGCGCGUGCGCGAGAACACGCUCCGCGGCAAGACUGCCUACAACCCGGUGGUCCUGCGACUGGACUGCGAGCGUUAUGCCCAGAAUCCACAUGGCUACUGGGAAACAGUGGGCUACGGCAUCAUAGCGCUCUUCCUCAAUGACUGGCGCGCCAUUGGAGGCAUGAACGUACAAGAGUUUCGCUCACAAUGGGGAGGCGAAGACUGGGAAUUGUUUGACCGCAUCAUCGGUCACGGGCUGGAGUGCGUGCGUGAUCGUGUUGAGGGCUUUUAUCACUUUUAUCACUCCAAGUCAGGCAUGUGGGGUGGGCAUAAUCCUUUGCUGCACCCGCACACAUAUGGGCUUUGGAUGCCCUCGUCCAUUGCCACGACGACGUCGGGAAACGUAGAGCAGCCUUUCCUUCUGCGCCUUGCAACCUGCGACUUUAUGUGA